GACCAACUGAUGGUAGAUGGAGUAGUAUAGUAUAAAUUAAUCACAAAGCCUUUGUGUUGUUAAAUCUUGGUGUCCGAGAGAAAUCAUGAUGAGUUUCUCCAAAUUGGGUUUAUUGAUCCUGCUUCAUUUCUUGGUUUCUCCGAAACCCAUUUCAUCAUCAUCAUCAGAAGAGAUCCCAAAGGCUUUCUUGAAAUUGGCAAAGGAAAGAGAUGUGUUUGAUUGGAUGGUGGGGAUAAGGAGGAAGAUACAUGAGAAUCCUGAAUUGGGGUAUGAGGAAUUUGAGACCAGUAAGGUGAUAAGGGCGAAGCUGGAUGAGUUGGGGAUUCCUUACAAGCACCCCCUUGCUGUAACUGGUGUCGUUGGCUAUCUUGGUUCUGAAAAUCCUCCAUUUGUGGCUCUAAGAGCUGACAUGGAUGCUCUUUCUAUGCAGGAAUUGCUGGAGUGGGAGCACAAGAGUAAGAUUGAUGGAAAGAUGCACGGCUGCGGACAUGAUUCACAUGUUGCAAUGCUUCUGGGUGCUGCCAAGAUUCUUCAACAGCAUAAACACAUGCUUCAGGGAACAGUUGUUUUGGUUUUCCAACCAGCAGAGGAAGGUGGUAUGGGGGCAAAGAAAAUGGUAGAUGCAGGAGCACUAGAGAAGGUGGAGGCUAUGUUUGCAGUGCACGUAAGUCCUAGCUAUGCUCUUGGGGAAGUAGCAUCCAGAUCCGGUUCAUUUGGUGCAGGAAGUGGCUUCUUUGAAGCCGUGAUAAGUGGGAAAGGCGGUCACGGUGCUAUUCCUCAACUUGCAAUUGACCCAAUUCUUGCUGCUUCAAAUGUCGUCGUCAGCUUGCAGCAUCUUGUCUCCCGAGAAGCUGAUCCUUUAGACCCUCAGGUUGUCACAAUUGGCCAAUUUCAAGGAGGUGGCGCAUAUAACGUGAUUCCUGAUUCUGUUACUCUUGGUGGAACAUUUCGGGGCUUCUCAGUGGGGGGAAUGACACGUCUAAGGACACGUAUCGAGGAGGUAAUAGUAGGACAAGCCGCGGUUCAAAGGUGCAAUGCAACGGUUAAGUUUGAUGAAGAGAGUCCAUUCGUCCCUCCCACCAUCAACGACAAAGGACUGCAUCUCUACUUCCACCAAGUUGCUUCUGACAUGCUUGGGAGUUCUCGUGUCAAAGAAGCUGAGCCGAUGAUGGCCAGCGAAGAUUUUUCCUUCUACCAACAAGUGGUGCCCGGCUACAUUUACUUGCUGGGUUUGCAAGAUGAAAAUGGCGAAAAACUUGCAUUCCCACACUCGCCCUACUUUAAGGUCAAUGAAGAUGCUCUUCCUUACGGCGCCGCACUCCAGGCGUCUUUGGCAGUGAGGUACAUUCUUGAUCACAAUUCAGAGGUUCCAUUGCAAAGUGCAAGCAAGCGUGAUGAAUUAUGAUUAUUUAUGAGAGAGAUCAGAUCUUAACCCACAUUUAUUUGUUGUAUGCCUUGCAUUUAUUUAUCUAAAUAUUGCUGCUCUAUAAUAAUAGUAGUAUAUGGAA